AUGGGUACUAUUUUGGAUAAUAAUAGGCCCGAAAUAUCGCAAUUAAUUGGAGCCGAUGGAGCGCGUCCCAGUUCCAACCUGGACUCGUAUAAGCUCCACUCUUUUUACUCCAAUUUGCCGGUUUACAGAAAAAAAUAUGAUUGGAAUGUCCCUAAAUGGACCAAGGAUGAUAUUGUUAACCUACACAAAUUUGUUAAGUCGAGCAUAGUAUCAAUUUUAUCUGAUAAAAUUGAAUUGAAAUACAGUAAAUUACCGUUUUCUGAUAGUCAAAAGCUGUUAAAGCUGUUAACUAAAUUGGAUUCUAGGGAUUUGUAUAUUAUUUAUCUAAACUUUGACUUUACUUUGUUAUCUGCAAGUUUAAUUAAAUUGAUUAGGAGUGAUUCAUUUGAUGAAUUUUUAAAAAAUAUAUCUAAUUUGCAUGAUAACAACUCUAACAUGUAUGAUGUGUAUAGUAAAACUCAGAAAAUUUACAAUAACUUUAAGGAGAUAUAUCUGCCUAAUAAACCAAUGUUUCAAAACGUUGAUUUGUCUGUGUUUUGGGACGAUGUAGCAAGUGAAAUGAACUCUAAAAGAAAGGGAACUAUGUCAUAUAAGAUAUCUACAGAUUGUUGUGUAAAGUUUAUCCAUUCAACAAAGGAUGGAGUAUUGAUUACGGAAGUCUCGGAAGAUGAAUUUGCAAGGAUAGAGGAGUUUUUACUAAAGAAUAAGGCCAAUCCAACUAAAAAUUGCAUUGUCAAUUGUGUCAAUUUGGGAGUGACUGUGUAUCAGUAUAUAAAGGUUGUUUUACACCAGGGGAAAACAAGUAAAUGGGAUGCAUCUGAAGACGCCGUUCUGCUUGAAUCAGUAUCUUCUGAUUUAUACGACAAUGCCUACAGUUCAGGUAUUGGUAGUUCUACCAGUAACUAUGGUAUUUCCUGGAAAGAGAUAUCUAGAAAUAUACCUGGCAAAAACGCUGAACAGUGUAGGUUAAGGUAUAGACAAAUCAAAAAGAACAAGAUCUCUGAUUCGCCUUUUUUGAUAAAGGAAAUGGCACGUCUUAAAAUAUUAAAGGCUUCUUUCGGCAACAACUGGUCUAAAAUAUCAAAUUUGAUGCCCGGUCGCUCUCCAAGACAGUGCAGAGAUAAAAUCUCGGAAACAACCAAAUUCACUAUUGAAAACGCUCUCGAGUCACUUCAGUACUUUAGGGACUUUCUAUUAACAUUCACUAACUACUACUCAAACUUAAAUAAACCAUUUUUUGUUGGUCGUUAUUGGAAGAGUUUCGAUUGGCUCGGGUUAUAUCUGAUUAUGGUUCUGAAAAUAACUAGAAACCAAGACCUUUUGGAUAUUUUGAAAAAAUUUUAUUUUUCAAACGCUAUUGAAAAAAGGAUUAAAAUAGUUUUUGAGGAUGGACUCAGCAAGAACGUAACAGAAUGCUCUGGCUCAGACAUUUAUGCAAUAACUAAUUUUUUACAAAUUAUAGCAUCUAGAGUCGAUGAAGUUCACUUUGACAAAGUCGUUAGGGUAAACAAGGCUUUAUCUAAACAACUUUUUAGGAGGUGUGGUACCGGUGAAAGUGUCGAUUUUAAGAUUUUUGAUAAGGAAAAUAACUUUGAUGAUUUAAAAAGUUCGGUUUUUAAUUCACUUAAUAGGUUAUGGCCUUAA